UCAUGAGAACUGUGAAAUUGAUGACGAAGUUCAUAGAAAUAAUGCAAAAUAGUUAAUUAAAAAUAAGAUUGAUCGUACUAGUGAAUAUUAAACGUGUUCUACUUCAUACGUACCAACGAACUCGACGAGAAAGCAUCCCGAACGAACACCAAACGCAUCGUCUCCGGAAUAUUACCGACAGAGAAGCGAAAUGACAUCGAUCGUCGGCACUUAUCAACAUGAAAGCAAUGAAAACCUCGAUGAGUAUUUCAAAGCCGUGGGUGUACCAUACAUUCCACGGAAAAUGAUGUGCAUGUCCAGUCCACGACUGGAAAUAUCGAACGAUGGAGAUAAAUGGACCAUUCGUACCAUUACGAUGAUUCGUACGGCAGAAGCGACGUUUAUACUCAACGAAGAAUAUGAAGAACAUAUGCCUACCGGAGUCGUAUUGAAAAAUGUAACUACAAUGGAGGGAGACAAUCUAGUAACAGUUUCAGUUGGUCCAGAUAACAACAAAGUCAUACGGAAACACGAACUUACACAGGAUGGUUUAGUUUUGACAAUGACCCACGAAAAGAGUGGCCAAGUAGCGAAGCGCUAUUUUAAGCGUCUUUCAUAAACCUUACUUAUAUUUUGGACGAGAAAUUGUUUUUAUCUUAUUUCACACGGAUUACGUUAACUACUGAUAAUUAAGUACUUAAUUACUUAUAUAUUUGUAGUGUAAGGAUAACUCGUCGACCAUACAAUUUAAAAGCACAUUUUAAACAGCGAAAAACUAUCAUAUGACAAUUGUAAGCUAUAUGAAAAAUGCUACAAUUUCCAGAAGAAAAAAGUCGCGGAACAAUCAGAAACAUUCCUACUGUCAUUUACAGCAUGCGCCCCGCCUACUUUUAUUGCGUGUCACGUGUUGCUAGUAUACAAAAACAUGGAUAAACAAAAAUUAUAUUACGAAUUAAAAAUAAACAACUAAGAUGUCAAGCACAAAUGAUUUCAAAUUGUAUUGUAAUUAAAGCUAUCGAAACAUUUUGUUGCGUAUAAAAAUAUAAUAGAAAACAAAACUGCUGAAAGUGUACAGUUUACAAGACCUAUAUUGAUGCCGGCCGCCAUAGACGCUAUCAACGAAUAAACACGUUUUAUGUCCACCCACGCACUGACAUGCUGCAAUAUCAUUCAUUUAAAAAGUACAUUCACUUACCUCUGGUUGAGGCAGUGUAGAGUCACAUUGAUGAUUUCACCGACAAUCUCAUUUUCGUACAACUUAAACCAGCUCA